UUCACAAAUUUCUGUUUUAUCGACGGUGCGGUCGGUAACAACGCCACAAGAAUCGAGGAAAUUUCGGUGAUAAAACUGCGAAAAUUACAAUCGCGACCUUUUUACGCGUGUGUUUGCAGCUGAUUUCAGGAAAGCCACAUCAGACGGUUACCACCCAACUGUCAAAAACUAUAAAGUUAACCUCAAACGUCGAAAGUUUUAUCAGUGAAAUGAGUCUGCAGUGGACGCUAAUCGCCGGCUUUCUCUACGUAGAAAUCGCUAUUGUGCUCCUGCUGGUCCUCCCAGUGGCUAGCCCCAAGAGAUGGAACGCCUUUUUCAAGUCAAGAUUCCUGCAAGGGCUCCAAAGACAAGCUGGGAUGUAUUUCAUGAUCCUGCUAGCAGUUCUAGUCCUAUUCCUGCUUGACGCAAUCAGAGAAAUGCGAAAAUACUCGCAAACAGAAAAUGAAGAGCAACACAGUCACUUGGACCGCGAAAUGCAGGGGAGUAUGCGGCUGUUUAGGGCGCAGAGGAACUUCUACAUCUCGGGCUUCGCCCUAUUUUUGUCACUGGUGAUUCGUCGAUUGGUCAUACUGAUUUCGUCCCAAGCCGCCUUAUUGGCCCAAUCCGAGGCGUCAAUGCGUCAAGCCCAGAGUGCCACAACAGCAGCUAAAAGUCUGUUGGCUCAAAGGGGCGAAAUUGCACAAAAUGACAGCAACGAAGCCCAUGAUAAAGAGAUUUCCGAGUUGAAGAAGAAAAUCACCGAUUUGGAAGAAGAGCUUGCAAGUGAGAUACGCGACAAGAAUGCAAUGAAGAAACAAUCAGAUAAUUUGGCCAAAGAGUAUGACCGUCUUGCUGAAGAACACAGUAAAUUGCAGAAGAAAAUCACCAUUAGUGGCGGUGAUGCUGAAACGAAGAAAGAUAACUGAAAUUGUGAUGGUUUUGUAAGGCUGAAAUAAUGGCUUAAUUAUUAAUUUUAAUUUGAGGUUUCUUUGUGUUGUCCAUGUUUAUGUUAAUUUGGAUUGUUAUUAUUAAUUUUUGUAAUAAAAUAGAGUCGAUAAUAUAUUCUAUUAAAUAUU